CCAACAACAAAGAUUUGGUCUGGGAAACCGUUCCAGAAAUACCUUAUCUUUUACCUGUAUUAUAUAUAUAGAGACAGUUCCUCAACUGGCAUAAAUUCGUGCAAUCUUUGUUAUCUUUCCCGUUCUUAACGCGUACCAACGGUGUAAAGACUGUACUAAAGAGAAAAUCAAUAAAAAGGGACGAGGUUGAAAAAACAAGCGAGUCCUCAUUGGUUUAUCUUUAGAACAAAGAUCUAUACUAGAAAAAACUUUCCUUUUCUGGAACUGUUGCAUUCAUCUUUUAGAGAUACCGCAAUUUGUUCAGAUAUCCGUUCAUCUGUAUUCUUUCUGAUUUCGCUUUUGCGGUUUAUUCUGCAUUACAUUUUUUCUUAUUUACAAAUCACGAUCUUUACGUUCAUCUAGUUUUAUUCUAUAAUCAUGGUUGAGACUGGUUAUGCAUCUCCUCACGUUCAUCAAUCAGUGAGAUCGUUGGCUUUGACUUAUGCCCACCUUUGCCCAUCUAUCCUAAUUCCUUCUUCACAGUACCUCUUGGCUGCUCAAAUUCGUGAUGAGUUCCAAGCUAAAUAUGUCGCUCCAUCUACGGAAGCCGUCGAAAAAGAAGGAGCUGAAUUAGAAUUUGAGCAUGAGCUUCAUUUAAUAGCUCGUUUCUUAGGUUUAGUCGCUUCUAAGGAAGAGAAAAGCCCCGAUCAAUAUAACCAAUUAUUAAAUACCAUCACCCUUGAAUUUGAACGUACCUUCUUAGCAGGAAACGAAGUUCAUGCUGUUGUUCACAACGUGGGUUUAAGUGUUCCAGCUCAAAAAGAUGUUGUUUGCUAUUACUAUCGUUCUAGAGCUUUAACUGGUAGAGGAAUGAAGUUCCACGGCUCCGCGCUUUUGAAUGACCCCCAUGCGAAGUUAGCUGCUAUUUUUGGAGGCCAAGGAUAUGAAGACUAUUUCGAUGAAUUAGCUGAGCUCUAUGAAGUCUAUGCUCCAUUCGCUUCUGAACUUGUGCAAACCCUUUCUAAAUUCCUUUUCUCUCUUGUACAAAAUGAACAGGCAUCUAAAGUGUAUUCUAAAGGACUUAAUGUACUUGAGUGGCUCGCUGGCGAGCGACCAGAGCGUGAUUAUUUAGUUACUGCUCCUGUCUCUCUUCCUUUGGUUGGUCUUACUCAGCUUGUCCAAUUCUAUGUUACUGCUCAAAUAUUGGGUCUUAAUCCUGGCGAGCUUGCUUCUCGUUUUACGGCUGCCACUGGUCAUUCUCAAGGUGUCAUCAUCGCAGCUGCUGUUUCAGCUUCUACCGACCAGAAAUCUUUCAUUGAAAAUGCAAAGGUAGCUUUGACAACCUUAUUCUGGAUUGGCGUACGUUCUCAACAAGUUUUCCCCACUACUACCCUUCCUCCUUCCGUAGUUGCAGAUUCUGUCGCCAACUCUGAGGGCAAUCCCUCACCCAUGUUAGCUGUUCGUGAACUUCCUUUAGAAAUUUUGAAUAAGCAUAUUGAAAUCACGAACACUCAUCUUCCAGAAGAUAGAAGAGUUUACCUCAGCCUUGUCAACGGCCCUAAAAGCUUCGUUGUUAGUGGUCCGGCUCGCUCUUUGUACGGUUUAAACCUAUCCCUUCGUAAGGAGAAGGCAGAUGGUCAAAAUCAAGCUCGUAUUCCCCACUCUAAAAGAAAACUACGCUUCGUUAAUCGUUUCCUUAGCAUCUCUGUGCCUUUCCAUAAUGCAUAUCUAACCCCUACACGCUCUUUACUUGAAAAAGAUUUGAAGGGUUUGGAAUUUUCUCCCUUAAGAUUCCCUGUAUAUUCUACCGACAACGCUGGUGAUCUCCGCUCUGAGAAACCAUCUGACUUGCUUAUGGCUCUUUCUGUAAUGAUUACCGAGAAAGUUGUUCAUUGGGAGCAAGCUUGCAAUUUCCCAGAAGCUACUCAUAUUGUUGAUUUUGGUCCUGGUGGUGUUUCUGGUGUUGGUGGCUUUACCCGUACUAACAAAGACGGUCAGGGUGUUCGCGUUAUUGUUGCAGAUGCUUUUGAUGCCUUGGAUCUUGGUUCCAAGACAGAAUUAUUUGAUCGUGAGGUCAAGUCUGUUAAAUUUGCCCCCAACUGGGUUAAUCUUUACAGACCUAAGCUUAUCAAGAACAAACUGGGUCGUGUAUAUGUUGAAACCAAACUUUCUAAAAUGCUUGGCUUACCUCCCUUGUGGGUUGCAGGAAUGACUCCUACUAGUGUUCCUUGGGAUUUUUGUUCCGCUAUCGCUAACGCAGGCUAUGCUUAUGAGCUUGCUGGUGGUGGUUACUUUAGCGCUAAUAUGAUGCGUGACGCCAUCCAUGAGCUUUCCUUGAAUAUUCCUCCCGGUGCUGGAAUUUGCAUCAAUUUAAUUUACAUUAAUCCUCGUAGCUUUGCAUGGCAAGUCCCCCUGAUUCGCGAAAUGGUUGCCGAAGGUUACCCUAUACGUGGUAUAACUAUUGCUGCUGGUAUUCCUUCUUUGGAAGUUGCUAAUGAAUUGAUUGAAACUUUGGGAGUUGAAUACAUUUGCUUGAAGCCUGGAUCUGUUGAGGCUAUUAAUGCUGUCAUUAAUAUUGCUAAAGCUAAUCCCACCUUCCCAAUUGUCAUGCAGUGGACUGGUGGCCGUGCUGGUGGACACCAUUCUUUCGAAGAUUUCCACGCCCCAAUUUUGCAAACUUACUCUUCCGUUCGUCGCUGUGACAAUAUUGUUCUUAUUGCUGGUAGCGGUUUUGGUGGAGCUGAUGAUACUGAACCUUAUUUAACUGGUGAAUGGACAACUGCAUUCAAGCUUCCUGCUAUGCCUUUUGAUGGUAUAAUGUUUGGUUCCCGUCUCAUGGUGGCUAAGGAAGCUCAUACUUCUUUGGGCGCUAAGGAAGCAAUUGUUGCCGCACCUGGUGUUAGCAACGCCGACUGGGAAAAGACUUAUGAUGGCCCUGCCGGUGGUAUCGUCACAGUCAUGUCUGAAUUAGGCGAACCAAUCCAUAAGUUGGCUACUCGUGGUAUCAUGUUUUGGAAGGAGCUUGAUGAUACCAUUUUUGCUCUCCCACGCCCGAAACGUGUUCCUGCUUUGCUUGCCAAGAAGCAGUAUAUCAUUAAGCGGUUGAACGAUGAUUUCCAAAAAGUUUAUUUCCCUGCUCGAAUUGUUAAGCGUUUGUCUUCGGAGAAACUUCAAUUUGAGGCUGUUGGUGGUGUUGAAGAGAUGACAUAUGCUGAAGUUUUAUAUCGUACAGUCGACCUGCUAUACGUUACCAAGGAAAAGAGAUGGAUUGAUGUCUCAUUACGUACGUUCACUGGUAGUUUAAUGCGUCGUAUUGAGGAGCGUUUCACUAAGGAAGUCGGCAAACAUACCCUUAUUGAAAACUUUGAAGAUUUGAAUGAUCCAUAUCCUGUUGUUGCUCGCUUCCUAGAAGCCUAUCCAGAAGCCCAUAAACAAAUUAUGAAUACCCAAGAUGUUCAAUUCUUCUUCUCAUUAUGCUCCAAUCCUUUCCAAAAGCCUGUUCCUUUCAUUCCUGCCAUUGACGAUACUUUCGAAUACUUCUUUAAGAAGGAUUCUCUUUGGCAAAGCGAAGACCUUGGGGCUGUUGUUGGUGAAGACGUUGGUCGUGUUGCUAUUCUUCAAGGUCCUAUGGCUGUUAGACAUUCCACGAAGGUCAACGAACCUGCUAAAGAACUUCUCGAUGGCAUCCAUGAGUCUCACAUUAAACGUUUCAUCGAUCUUUAUUAUGGUGGAGAUGUUAACAAGGUUCCUACCGUUGAAUAUUUCGGCGGCGUGAAGCCCGUUAACUUGCCUCCUUCUGCAGUGGAUUCUGUUUCUGUUACAAAGAAACAGGACGAAGUAAUUUACAAUUUACCUGAAACUGGAUCUCUUCCUUCCGCAAAGGCUUGGUUUGAACUUCUAGCGGGCGAAGCGGUUUCAUGGCGCAGAGCUAUUUUCACCACCCAACGAGUUGCCCAAGGUUGGAAACUCGAACAAAACCCCGUACGCAGAAUUCUUUCACCUCGUCCAGGACAACGCGUCGUUAUCAAGGGUCACGGAAACGAUGCGGUGCUUGAAAUGUUCGAGCUUCAAUGCGGCGAGCAUAUCCUUGCUGUGCGUCUCAGUUUAAGCAACGACAUCAUUACUGUGUCUAUGUUUGAAAACCGCAAUGCACUCAAGAAGAAUGUUAGUCUUGACUUCUUGUUCAAGUAUGAUCCUUCCGUUGGUUACGCUCCUGUUGCGGAAAUCAUUGAAGGUAGAAAUGAUCGUAUUAAGCACUUCUACUGGCAAUUAUGGUUCGCUGAUGAGCCCUAUCCUGAGAAUGCUUCUAUUGCUGAUACCUUUACUGGUCCUGAAACCACGAUCACUGCUAAUAUGAUUGAAGAUUUUUGUAGAACUGUUGGAAACCACAACGAGGCUUAUACUAAUAGAGCCAACAACAAGCGUAUGGCUCCCAUGGAUUUCGCUAUUGUUGUUGGUUGGCAAGCUAUUACCAAGGCCAUUUUCCCCAAGGCUAUUGAUGGUGAUCUUUUGCGUCUUGUCCAUUUGUCCAACUCCUUCCGUAUGGUUGGAAGUCCUUUGGUGGAGGGUGAUAAGGUAACUACUGCUGCUACUAUAACUGGCAUCGUUAAUAAUGAUUCUGGUAAAACUGUCACCGUCAAGGGAGUUGUCUAUCGUGAUAACAAAGAAGUCAUUGAAGUCAUCAGCCGAUUCUUGUAUCGUGGUAACUUCACCGAUUAUGAGAACACUUUCGAGCAUACCCAGGAAACUCCUAUGCAACUUACUUUAGCUACUCCUAAGGAUGUAGCAGUGUUACAAUCGAAGAGCUGGUUCCAAUUAUUGGAUCCCAGUCAAGAUUUGUCUGGUUCUAUACUUACUUUCCGUCUGAAUUCUUACGUCCGUUUUAAGAAUCAAUCUGUUAAGAGUUCCGUACAAACUAAGGGUAUAGUGCUAUCCGAAUUGCCUUCUAAGGCUAUUAUACAAGUUGCUUCUGUUGAUUUCCAAUCCGUCGAUUGCCACGGCAAUCCAGUUAUUGAAUUCCUUAAGCGUAAUGCCAAACCCAUCGAACAACCCCUUGAAUUUGAAAGCGGCGGUUAUAGUGUUAUUCAAACUACUGAUGAAGGCUACUCACCUGUUUUCGUUACUCCUCCUACCAACUCUCCGUAUGCUGAUGUCUCUGGUGAUUACAAUCCCAUUCACGUCUCUCCUACCUUCGCUGCCUUUGUCGAGUUACCUGGCACACACGGUAUUACUCACGGUAUGUACAGUUCAGCAGCUACUCGUAAGUUUGUUGAGACCUUUGCUGCAGAAAAUGUUCCUGAGAGAGUUAAGCAUUAUGAGGUAACAUUCGUUAAUAUGGUUCUUCCCAACACUGAACUUGUUACUAAGCUUUCUCAUACCGGUAUGAUCAACGGUCGUAAGAUAAUCAAGGUUGAAGUCUUAAACAAAGAAACUGAAGAAGCUGUUCUUAUGGGUACUGCAGAGGUUGAGCAACCUGUUUCCGCCUAUGUAUUCACUGGUCAGGGCUCUCAAGAACAAGGAAUGGGUAUGGACUUGUACGCUACUAGUGCAGUUGCCAAGAAAAUCUGGGACAGCGCUGACAAGCAUUUCUUGUCUCAUUACGGAUUCUCUAUCAUCGAUAUUGUGAAAAACAAUCCGAAGGACAUUACGAUUCACUUUGGCGGUGCUAAGGGUAAACAAAUUCGCAGCAAUUACAUGGCUAUGGCUUAUGAAAAAAUUAAUGACGAUGGAUCUACAUCCGUUGUUCCUGUAUUUAACACCAUCACUGAAGAAUCCACCUCCUUUACAUUUACACAUCCUUCGGGUCUGUUGUCGGCUACUCAAUUUACUCAACCUGCAUUAACAUUAAUGGAGAAGGCCGCUUUUGAAGAUAUGCGUGCUAAGGGAUUGGCUCAACAAGACUGUGCUUUUGCUGGUCAUUCUCUUGGUGAAUACUCUGCGUUGUCUGCUAUGGCCGAUGUUUUGUCCAUUGAAGCAUUAGUUGACUUGGUGUUCCUUCGUGGGUUGACAAUGCAAAAUGCUGUCCGUCGUGAUGAAUUGGGCCGCUCUGAAUAUGGUAUGGUUGCCGCCAAUCCUUCUCGUGUUUCCCCAACCUUUACCGAUGCUGCAUUGCGAUUCAUUGUUGACCAUAUUGGCGAGCAAACUAAGUUAUUGCUCGAAAUUGUCAACUACAAUGUUGAAAACCAACAAUAUGUCGUCAGCGGUAAUCUUAUGAGUUUAUGUACCUUGGGUCACGUUUUGAACUUCCUUAAGAUUCAAAAGAUUGACUUCCAGAAAUUAAUUGAAACCCUUACGAUUGAUCAAUUGAAGGAGCAGUUGUCGGAAAUUGUUGAAGGUUGUCACGAAAAGACCUUGAAGCAAAAGGAAGAACAAGGACAUUUAGAAUUAGAACGUGGAUUUGCUACGAUUCCUUUGAAGAUUGAUGUUCCUUUCCACUCUUCUUUCUUGCGCGGUGGUGUUCGUAUGUUCCGUGAAUACUUGCUCAGGAAGAUUUCUCCCCAUCAAAUCAAUGUAUCCAAGUUGCGCGGAAAGUACAUUCCGAACUUGACCGCUAAGCCUUUCGAGAUUAGCAAGGAAUACUUCCAGAAUGUCUAUGAAUUGACAGGCUCUCAACGCAUUAAGAAGAUUCUUCAAAACUGGGACCAAUAUAAUUCUUAGAGCUGUUUUGUAAUCUUUUGCUAUUCAUGGUAAAGGUGGUUUAAAAAAGUACUUAAUUUCCUUGCUUAUUUUGAUAUAUAGUCUUCAUUUAAUAAGGAGUGUGUUGCCUGUUGUAGCAAUACGCUUAUAUUUACUUUUCAUUUAUGGUACUUAAAAGUAAAAUUGGUUAUCUGCAGUCUCUACAUGAAGACAGUGGUUUAUGAUUUACUUGAAUAAGAUAAUUUUAAUAGAAUAUUUGAGAUUAUGUUGUACUGUAGCAUAGCAUUAUUUUAUUCAUUUAUUAGUCUCC